AUGGAGAGUGCCAACGGUGGAGGGAAUCUGAAGCGGGGAGAUCGAGCAUGUAAGCCUUGCAAAACCUUGAAAGUCCGGUGCAGACCAGACCCCGAGGGAAGUGAUAUAUGCCGGAAAUGCCAGCGGUCAGGUGCUCGCUGUAUCUUUGAACAAGCCCGGCCACGAAAGCAGAGGAAGGUGGCUUCUGACAAUGCCACCCAGGCCGUGGCGGCACUCGAGACCAGAAUCACUGACUUGACUUCACAACUUGAGUUGGAACAGCACAGACGCAGCCAUGAUCAUGAGAAGCAUUCGGAUAAAGAUGUCAUUGCUGUAAACAACCCUGUCAAAUCUCAGAAAGUCUCCUCUAGCGCGGAUAAGCAGUCCAUCAGUCAACAUGCGCCUGCCACUUCGAGUUGUGAGCCUCCUCGGCCAUCGAAAAGCGGUCCAUCCCAUCAAGAUGAACAUCCCAUUGUUAGGCUGUUGGGAGAGGGCCGCCUCAGUGACAAUGAUGCCACGCUUUUCUUAUCAAAAUAUCGCCAGAUGUGCGACUAUUCACCAUUCGUCUUGAUCCCAAAGGACGCCACCAUCAAAUCGAUGGCCCACCACCAACCGUUCCUCCUUCACGCAGUGCUCGCCAUUUCGACCCAGGAGAACAGGGACCUUCAGAAAACAUUUGAGUCGAGCUUUCGUGAAUCUUUGCUACGAGCUGUCACUAUCGAGGGUGAAAAGAGCAUUGAUUUGCUCCAGGCAUUUGUCGUCUACUUGUCUUGGUAUCACUUCUUCUACAUCCCGAUGAAGCAGCAGUUCAACCAGUUGUUGCAGAUAGCUAUCAGCAUGUGUAUCGAUAUGGGCCUUGACCAUCCUCCCAGUGAAGCGGCCGCCCGCAAGAUCGGACUCCAAUUGGAUCAUCACUACACUCUAGGCGGAGCACAGUGUGACAGAUUCUUCAGUAAGGCUGCCAUCAGGGCUUAUCUUGGCUGCCACUAUCUUUCUGCGACCUCCUCGUGGAUAUGGCGCAAACCCAACAACUUGCACUGCACAGAAUAUCUCCUUGAGUGUGCUGAAUCUCUAGCGAAGGACCCUGAGUACGCGACCGAUCCACUCAUACUCCCACUCAUCCAGUCCCAAACACUCGGUGACGAAUACCACGAGGCCUUCCUGUCAAGCAAUUUCAACUACUCUGGCACUUCAUGCUCAGCAAGGAUCAAGGCCAAAUUGGACGUCUUUCGCUCCACAAUAGAUGAGAUCCUUCUGACAACCUCGGCCUCCGAUCGCAUCACUCUAAUCCUCGCAACCCAAUUCGCCAUAUCUCACGCUCACGAAAUGGACCAUUUGAAUCCAUGUCUGUCAAACAAGCAUUUCGUCCCUGGGGACAUCAAAGACUGGGCCUCGAACACAUCCAGCCAGCACGAGGUCCUAAUGGUAUGUCUACAAGCAGCCACCGUAUUCAUCGAGACAUUCCUCUCACUCCCUCUGACCGAGUACCCAAAACUCUCCGUUCUACAAUGGUGGGGAUUGAUCUGCAACACCGCCUUCCUGUACCGACUCUCUCUGGGAACGCCAAAACUCCAACAAUGGAACGUGUCGACCGCCCGUGACGCAGCAAGACUAGACCUGUACCUCGACCUCCUCUGUUACCGCAUGCAAUGCAUCACGGGGUCGACAUCCGAAAUCGCCACAGGCAAAGACCUGUUCUCCCUCAUGUGUCCGAUCUUCAGCAACGUGAAGAACACCUACGAGCGCCUGAAGAAGCUACCCCAAAGCUCCAGCGCCAUAGAUGAGCAGCCUGUCCACGCAAAAGCCUUCACCGCAGAAUUUGUUGCACCCGGCAGCAACGGUCCCGCCUUCAAUAUUGCCAGUACAUCCGCACUGCACACCGAAGUGGUAAAUCUGCACCCACAUGAUCUCACAUCCAACCCGGCCAUCCUGAUCAAGCCGAGCUCCUGUCCAGCAUUCAGAUACUGGUCGCAAGCACCCGACCUCCCCGAGAAUGAUCAGAACGACAGCACGGAGACCGGCGUGGAGGACAUGACGGCCCCUGCCCCUAUCGACAUCAACAUGUUCUUGGACGUGACUUCCGGGAAUGACGAUGCGCCAUGGUCAUUUCAUGACAACGUUAACUGGGAGUUCGAGCAAAUUUGA